GAACUAGCAUCGGCCGAAAACUACCGAACUCGUCCGAACGAUCCCCCAACAAAGAAAGGAACAGAUGCUCGUCCAUUGCUCCCUUGCAACAGCUUCAUACGGCAGUGCACGGCCGAUCAAUUUUUCGAACUAACUUGUCUAGCUUAGACAACAACUAGUGUUCCUAACCUAAAAUUGUUUCACAGUCUUGUUAGUUUUUUUGAAGUUGUUCUGUUUUAUAAAGCUGUAACUAUGGACAAUGAAAAGUUGAUAAGUUUGGUUCAAGAGCAUGUUCGUGAUGUUCAGAGGAAUCUGUGGACAAAGAUUGCUGAACAGAUAGGAUCUGAAGUUGAGGCCGUGAAAAAAAGAUGGCAAGGUCUCCGAGAUUCGUUCAGAAAAGAGUUCAAUAAAUCCCAUUCAGGGGAGUCAGGUGAGGCCACUUACAGUUCUUCAUGGCCCUACUACAACCAAAUGCUAUUUUUGAAAGAUGUGGUGUCACACAGAAAGCUACAUGCCAAAAAACCACCUACUGCACAUGAACAUAAAUUACAGCAAAAAGAAUUAUUAGUAUCUGACAGCAUUAGUGAUGAGAGUGAUUCAUCCAACCAGCAUGGUGUAGACCUUAUUGAGAGUUCUUGUGAUGUUUCUAAUGACACAACUUAUUUCCAUCAUUUACACCCAGUGGCUUCUGAAAUGCAGCCUCCUCCAACAUCCUCUACAACCAACCUCAAGAGGAAGCUUGAACGCUCAUCAGAGGAUCCUUUUCUUGAGAUUGAAAAACAAAAAAUGAAACUGCUUACAGAAAAUUCAUUACUGCAACAGAACCCGGACUUUUUGUUUCUGCAAAGCCUGCUUCCAUAUUUGAUGAGGGUUCCUGAGCACAGGAAACUGGAAGUUAGAAAUAAGAUUCAAAGUGUUCUGAUUGAUGAACAAUCUAGACAUACGAGUCACAUGUCAGAUUAACUUCUCCUUCUCCGUCUUAUUC